AUGCAGUGGGAUGGGAAUGGGGUGGGAUGAGGUGGGAAGAGGACAUGACGAGAACGGGAUGGAAAUGGCAUAGGGACAGGGUGGAAUGUGGAGGGAGCUGGAUGGCGAUAAGGAUGGAAUGGGAGCCGCCAUGGAGGUGUUUAUGAAGGGCUUGUCCAAGGCCAAGGAGGGGGUGGUCGCCGCAGCUGAGAAGACCAAGCAGGGGGUGGCCGAGGCCGCCGAGAAGACCAAGGAAGGGGUCCUGUAUGUCGGGAGUAAAACCCAAGGUGUGGUGCAAGGCGUAACCUCAGUGGCUGAGAAAGCAAAGGAGCAGGCGUCCCAGCUGGGCGAGGCGGCGUUCUCGGGCGCCGGCAACAUCGCGGCRGCCACCGGGCUGGUGAAGAAGGAGGAGUUCCCUGCAGACCUGAAGGCAGAGGAGGUGGCCCARGAGGCUGUGGAGGAGCCGCUGGUCGAGCCGCUGCUGGAGCCAGAGGGGGAGAACUACGAGGAACCCCCACAGGAGGAAUACCAGGAAUACGAGCCAGAGGCAUAAUGGACCCCCAUCCUUGCCUCUUCCACCAGCAGCACAACGAACCGCCGGUAGCCCCCUGCUCCUCCCCAGCCGGCCCCGGCCGGUGCCUGCGUGCCGGGGAGGAGCAGGGUCGCCCCUGCCCCGUUCGCUCACGAGUUCUUCCUCCAGUUCCGUUCCAAGGGACCGUGUCCGUGUCUCCGUAACAUGUCUAGCAGUGAGAAACACCCGCCGUGUCCCAGCCCCCGAGCCCCGGCGAGCCCCCGAGCCGCGGGUGCUGCCCGCAGGGGCUGRUGUGUGUGCGUGUGCGUGUGAGCGUGUGCGUGAAGCCCGGGUUUAUGGCUCUGUCUCCCUCCCAGCGCCAUAAACCCCGGCUGUGUCCUGGCGUGUCUGUGUGUGUGUGUGUACAAAGCAUGUUUACCUGCUCGCGGGCUGCUGUACAUUUCGCUUGCACGCGUGUCCCUGUGGUUCUGCUCUGGUCAUCGUGGAACUAUUUUUUUUUUUUAUAUAUAUAUMU